AUGCUGAGGCAAAGCAACAGCGGCGAGCGACAGACAUCGAAUUCCGAGAAAGAGAAAGGACUGCAAAUAUGGAAGCUAUGCGAUAACGCAGCGAGACGGAUUAUCGGGAACUGGAAAGAUGCAAAUACUGAACCGGAGAAAGAUGAAGAAGAGGAUGAUGCUGAACCUCUUAACUCCGGUGCACAGGAAACUAUGUUUUCAGCUGAGGAGGCUCAGUGCGGUACAAGGAUGGCUCCUGCCGAAGGUCUUAGGCCUGUUUCGAUCGUUCUCGACGAAGAUACCGAAUAUCUUUCAUUCCCAGCAAUUUUUGGUGGGAAUAAACUGCAACCCGUCUUUCCAGGUCGUCCCAUGUCUUACUCGGAUAUCGCCAAAUCAUUUGCCAUGCGGUACGACCGAAGAGUAGCACAACGCCGCGAUUACUUACUCGUCAUGGCGAAGAAGACUGAGUUGCUGAGACUGUCUAGCAACAUGUCUUUAUGCUUGCGGAAAAAGAAAAUCCGCAAUCGCAAUGACAUCAACACCGCCAAUCUCAGCAACAAUGAUUUCAUCCACGGGCUUGUGCAGCACGAUGAUGCUUAUCGUGUUCUUGCAGGUGUCCAAAAUUCCUACACACAUUGGCACAAUGAAAAGCAGAAGGUGUUGGCAAUGGUAAGGCAGUUUGGACUGCCAAAUUUCUUCCUCACUCUUUCAGCGGCAGAGAAACAGUGCCCCGAACUUCUGCAAAUUCUGAAACGGGUUGUUGAUCACGAAAGCAUUAAUAUAGUAGAAGCACUUGCAUUACCAUAUGCUGAAAAAUCGAGGCUGAUUCAGUUGGAUCCAGUUGCCUGCCUUUUCAUCACUGGCUCUUUUGCUCCGCCGAAUAGACCUCAUCCCAAAGAUCCACUGCAACUGGAACUGCAGUGCCAGGAGCGGUGUUUGCUGAUGCCGGCAUUUAAAUUCCUGCAUGAAACACGUAACGUUGUGCAACGUGCAGUGCGCGGCAGAAAGAUGUUGCUGCUCACAGUUUUGGCAGUUAUUUUGUGGUUAAGUCAAAUUCAAGAAAGGAUUUGGAAAGUGAUUGCCAAAGAACGUCAAAAGUGCAAAAUUGUCUACGCGGGUGUCAUCUAA